AUGCCUGCCACUGAGGAAGAGAUUGCUUGGUUUCGCUCCACAUUUCAUCCCGUCCCGAGACCUGCCUUACCAGAUGACUGCAUCGAGUAUUCCCUGUACAUAACCUCGCCCUCACUGGACCCGAGCCAUGACUCUGAAUUGCGACUGCGGCUGCGGGAGGUACAGAAGUAUGCAACAGACCUUCAUCGACAGUACCUGAAAGAUUAUAUCUGGCAGCGCCAAGGGUUCUCCCUUGAGCUGAAUAAAGAGGAUGGAUUAAGUUUCUUGCGUGGACAGACCGAAUAUGGUGACUCUGUGGAAGACGAAUGGGUCAUAGUCUGGCUUCUGAGGGAGCUGACCAAAAAAUUCAACGAUCUAUGGGUCAAAGUCAAAGACAGCGAUGGCGAGUUCCUCCUCAUCGAAGCCUCUGGGACUUUGCCCUCGUGGCUGGAGCCAGAUGUCGCUGAGAACCGUGUCUGGAUCCAUGAUGGGCAGUUGAAAAUUAUUAAACCGGCUAGCGCUUCAAGAAGUUCGAAGCGGACAGAGGAGAAGUUGUCGCUUUCGCAAGCCAGGGAAAUCAUCUUGAAUGAGCCUAGGAGGUUGAUGCACUCGAUAAGCAUGGAAGAGGAAGCAUUCUUUCGGCUGCGCAAUUAUCCCUCUCAGAUUUCAGAAAACAUGCAUCAUGCGUUGAUAACGAUACCGCGGAAACUUGCAUACUUACUUCAUCAGAAGCCGGCCUACAUUGCGCCGGCAGUAGAGGCAUUCUACCUCAGAGAUCCGAUCGCGCUCAAACCUUUGCAAAACAAAGACAACAAGGGCAAGCUGGUCUUCGCCCCCGAAGAUUUGGCCACAGUGAGCGUCAAAUUUCCUCGUGUGGCAUUCGCGCAAGUCAAGUCCCAAGAAUUCCCGCCCCCUGCCGCCUUUGUCGAUGCGAUGCCAUCAGGGACGGAUUCAAAGGCGCAUGUUCACGCUGAAAUCGGGAUGAAAGUCACAUGUGGAUUCGAAAUACUGAUCUCGGAUUCUCAAUACCAAGAUCGACCAGCUGUGCGCGAAAUGAAAAUGCUCCUGGAUGAUCUGGAUGCAGGGGAUGAGGCCCUACCAUCAGACUCUGACAUAGCAACUUGGAGCAAGCAAGAGGAUGAUGAAAAGUGGCUCGACAUCAGCUUCGAUGAUCUUGAGGAUGAGCUCGGUGGGCGGAAAGGCCAAUCAGGAGGAACAGGCAAGAAGACUGGCUUUGGUGACAAGGCGGCGCAAGAGAAUCUACAGAGAAUCGUUAAACAAUUUGAGGAAUUUUUGAAUGACGACAAAGCCGGUCCAGACGGCGCGGGAUUGUUUGGUGAUGACAGCGAUGAUGACGAGCCCGACGAUGAUGAUGAAUCUGAGGACGACGAAGGCGAGGAUAAAGAGGCCAGCUUUGGCGAAGACGAAUUUAGCAAAAUGAUGCAGGAGAUGAUGGGCAUGCCGCCAGAGGUCAUGAGGGAGAUCAUGUCGGGAGAACUUGGCCCAGGGGCUCAUGAUCCGGCCCAUCGAUCCGCACUGAGGCCGCCUGCAACAGAGACAGGCUCUGCUCAAGCUUGGGACGGGACCAAUGAUGACGAGGCAGAAAGUGGCGCGGACUUGCACGCCUUCAUGAAAGAGAUGGAGGCAGAGCUUCGAGGGCACGGCGCCCUAGACCUCGGGUCCUCCUCAUCUGCCACCAAGCAGAGAGCGAUCACAAAGCCUACACUCAAAGCUGGGAAGCAGAAGGGGGACGAAGAUGAAGUCUACGAGUUGUCCUCAGACGAUGACAUCGACAACGAAAUCGACGUCAACCUGGCGAGGAACCUCUUGGAGAGUCUCAAGGCGCAGGCUGGCAACGCGGGACCUGGGGGCAAUCUCAUGGGACUGAUGGGUUUGCGAAUGCCAAAGGAUGAGCCAGAUGAUAGCGAUGACGAUGACAAUCAGGCUGGACCCAGCGGAACACAGGGCAUGACGGGCGGUAUCCCGCGGAUUGAGGAGCUGAAGUAG